AUGCCACAGUUUGCGAGUUUGCAGCCGGACAUCCUUCUCCCCCGCGAUAUCACGACCUGGGAAUGGCUCUUCGAACACCCAACCUACUCGCCCUUGCACCGCUACCCGCAGAAUGAACUCGGCGGCUUCACAGACGCCAUCAGCAAAGAACGCCUCUCCUACCUCCAAGUCAAAGAAGCCGCCACACACCUCUCGACCGCGCUCGUCAAGAACUACGGCCUCCAAGAAGGCGAGACCGUCUCCCUCUUCAGCGCCAACACAAUAUGGUACCCGGUCGCCAUGCACGCGACGCUGCGCGUCGGCGGCAAAGUCAGCGGCGCGAGCCCGGCCUACAACGUCGAGGAGAUGAGCUACGCGCUGCAGAAAGCCGACGCGAGGUUUCUGAUGACGCACAGGGAUAGCAUGGAGGUUGCAAUCCGGAGCGCGGAGAAGGCGGGCGUGAAGAGGGAGCAUAUCUUCUUGCUGGAGGGGGAGUUGGAGGGGUUUAAGAGCGUGAGGACGUUGAUUGAGGAGGGGAGGGGGUUCGGGGAGCAGGGGCAGGUGGAGUAUUUUAGGAUUCCGGAGGGGAAGACGAAUUUUGAGGUUUGUGGGUUUUUGUCGUUUUCGUCGGGGACGACGGGGUUGCCUAAGGCUGUCAUGAUCGCGCACCAGAACGUUAUCGCGCAAUGCCUCCAGGUCAUGCAAAUCACCCCCUCGGACCACAAACGCGUCCUCGCCGUCCUACCCUCCUUCCACAUCACCGGCCUCGUGCACGUCCUGCACCUCCCCCUCCUAAUCAACGCCGAAGUCUACUUCCUCCCGGCCUUCACCAUGGAGGCCAUGCUCAACACAGUCGUCGAAUACCGCAUCCCCGAACUCCUCCUCGUGCCCCCCAUCGUGAUCCGCAUGAUCCGGGACCCCAUCGUCGACAACUACGACCUCAGCUUCCUCAAACGCUUCUCCUCGGGCGCGGCGCCCAUGUCCGACGAAGUGCUGCAGCUCCUCCAGAAGAAGUUCCCCAACACCGGCUUCAAGCAGGGCUACGGCAUGACCGAAUCGUGCAGCUGUAUCACCGCGCACCCGCCCUGGUUCUACGACUACAAGUACGCGCACACCGUCGGCACUGUGUGCGCCAGCACGACGGUCAAGAUCCUGAAAGAAGACGGCAGCGAAGCCGGGAUCGGCGAGCCCGGCGAGAUCUGCGCCAAGGGCCCGCAGGUCGUCAUGGGGUACCUCAACAACGAGUCCGCCACGAAGGAGACCUUCGACGAGGAAGGCUACCUCCACACGGGAGAUCAAGGGAGUAUCGACGCCGAAGGCGUGAUAACCAUCCUGGACCGCAUCAAAGAACUCAUCAAAGUCCGCGGCAUCGGCGUCGCGCCGGCCGAGCUCGAAGACCUCCUCCUCGGGCACCCGGCGAUCGAAGACGUCGCCGUACUGGGAAUUCCGGACGACUACUCGGGCGAGGUACCGAAAGCCUAUGUGGUUGUCAAGCCGGGGCAGACGCCUUCUCAGGAACUUGGGAGGGAGGUGCUGAGGUAUGUGAGGGAGAAUAAGGUGCGGUAUAAGGCGGUGAAGGAGGUGGAGUUUUGUGAGGCGGUUCCUAAGAGUGCGAGUGGGAAGAUUUUGAGGAGGGUUUUGAGGGCGCAGAUGAGGGAGGGGAGGAGGGGGGUUUGGGUUAGGGAGGAGAGGGGGAGGUUGUAG